AUGAGCACCCUCUUCUGCUGCGACUCUCCCAGGCCUUUUCGUCCCCAGAAACUCCUCCAUCAACAAAAGUUCACAGACUUCAAGACUUGGGCCGACUAUCCACGAUCAUCUUUCACCACUACCACCGACGACUUAGGGGACAACUCAAACCCCAUCGCUUCCACAACACCAUAUGCCGUACAGUUUGUCCGACAAGUAAAUUACGGUCCUCUUGAAUCCAAACGCUACUUUAUCCCCAGUGAAAAUUCCUCAGGGGAAUUCACAGAGAUCACUGAACAACAUCUCAUCAAAGCUAAUUAUCAGAAAUUGAACUCAUAUAAAAACUUCAAAUGUACUCUGCAUAAUAAAUUUUUUGAAGUCAAUUUGUAUCAGAAGGAUCCGGUGAAUGCACAUUACUGGCGUGCGAAUGUUGCGAGGCCGGCUGGAGAUAUCGAUCUUGAUGCAAAUGAAGGCUAA